CCUGAGCACCCUCCCGUAACUGUGGAUUCAGCAUUUUUACCUUACUCCACCUUGCAGAGGGGGCAAAAAAUAAAAGAAAAGGAAGAAGCUCAGAGAGGUCAAGAAACUUAUUCAAGAUCGCACAGCUAGUUAGCUAAGGAUAAUUAUUCCAAAGCGCUCCCCAAUCUCCACAACGGGCAGGGUAGAAAGAAGUCCUCCGGGUGGAAAAUCGGUACAGUGGGUCCACAGAUCCUAAUCCCCACCUCCCUCUUGGCCCCUCUCCCCGCCCCUUCCUUCCUGUACCUAGUUUAACUUCUCCCAUCUGUGACUACACCUCAGAAACCCGUGUAGCAAGAGAUGGGGACUGAGCACACGGAGCAGGGCUCCUGGGGACCCUACUCUGGGGACGAUGACGAAGCAUAUUCCUCUGAGCCGCUGCCGGAGCUCUGCUACAAGGCAGAUGUCCAGGCUUUCAGCAGGGCCUUCCAACCCAGUGCCUCCCUGACGGUGGCUGCGCUGGGUCUGGCAGGCAAUGGCUUGGUUCUGGCCACCCACCUGGCGGCCCGUCGGGAGGCCCGCUCGCCCACUUCAGCCCACUUAUUCCAGCUGGCCCUGGCCGACUUCCUGCUGGCAUUGACCCUGCCCUUUGCCGCGGCAGGAGCUCUGCAGGGCUGGAACCUGGGCAGUGCCACCUGCCGUGCCAUCUCGGGCCUCUACUCGGCUUCCUUCCACGCUGGCUUCCUCUUCCUGGCCUGUAUCAGCGCCGACCGCUACGUGGCCAUUGCGCGAGCCCUCCCAGCCAGGCCGCGGCUCUCGGUUCCAGGCCGAGCGCACCUGGUCUCGGGCGUCGUGUGGCUGCUGUCAUUGCUCUUGGCGCUGCCCGCGCUCUUUUACAGCCAGGACGCGCGGCGGGAAGGUCUGCGGCGCUGCCGCCUCAUCUUCCCCGAGGGUCUCACGCAGACCCUGAAGGGGGCAAGUGCGGUGGCGCAGGUGGUCCUGGGCUUCGCGCUGCCGCUGGGCGUCAUGGCGGCCUGCUACGCGCUCCUGGGCCGCACGCUGCUGGCCGCCAGGGGGCCCGAGCGCCGGCGCGCGCUGCGCGUCGUGGUGGCCCUGGUGGCGGCCUUCGUGGUGCUGCAGCUGCCCUACAGCCUCGCCCUGCUGCUGGACGCCGCCGACCUGCUAGCCGCCCGCGAGCAGAGCUGCUCGGCGAGCAAGCGCAAGGACCUACUUCUGUUGGUGACCGGCGGCUUGGCCCUGGCCCGCUGUUGCCUGAACCCGGUGCUCUACGCCUUUCUGGGGCUGCGUUUCCGCCAAGACCUCCGGAGGCUGCUGCGGGGUGGGGGCUGCAGUCCAGGGUUUCACCCCCGAGGUCGCUGCCCCUGCGGGCCCCGCCUGUCUUUCUGCACGGCUCCCACUGAGACCCGCAGUCUCUCCUUCUAGGUCCUAGAGCGCGAACCUAGAGGAGGGGGCGACCCCCGCCCCCGAAACGAUUCCCGGGGAGGGAGUGGGAAAGGGGAGUAGGUGGGAGAACACUGCGCCAGAGGUAGGGACCUGUGCCCUGACACAUUAAAUUGAUAACAUGAAAAUGA